AUGCCGCAUCCCCUAUACGACGAUUGGCUCGUGCUGACUAAGCGCGACGCAGAAACACUGCAGCCACGGCGAUGGGUGUCUGGGGAAGUCAUUGAGUGGUUCGGACUGAUGCUCCAGUACGUAAACAAGUACGAGGAAUUCUCGUGGCUAUACUGCUCUACUUAUACUCUCAGUUUGAUCUCAAUGCCUCGUCGCCCAGGCGAGGGUUUCCCAGUCCUGGCACAUGAGAACAUGCUGUUGUUCAAAUGGGUUCUCAUUCCGCUGCACGCAGAUAAUCAUUGGAGUUUGGUCAUCCUGGACAACGACCGCUCGCCCACACUGCCACGCCGCCCCACCCGCAUCCUACAUGCCGACUCCUUGUCCAUGCACACAAACUUCGAAGCACCAUUGCGUGAGUACCUGCGGCAGCAGCUGCGAGAGUUGAUGCCAAACGUGGUGUCCGAGGCAGAUGCAGACGACUGGAUUUCUCGCGUGCCUUUAGUCAAAGUCCAGGCAACACAGCAGACGGACGCGUGUAACUGUGGCGUGUUCGUGAUGAAGUACAUGCAAUACGUCGUGCUCUCGCGCUUUCGCUUCGCUGACCGCAUCCACCUGCAUGGCGAUGCCGAGUGGUGGUGGGAGGAGCUGCUAGAAGAUCUCCUCGAGUGGACCGUCUAUUACAAUCGACGCAUGCCAAGCUAUUUAUCAAGCACCGCACCCAUUUCAUAA